AUGACCUCCACACACACUGAGUGUUUGACUCCCCUCGACCACCUCAUGCCGAGAACCUAUGUUGGUGUUGUCUUCUCCUUCCGAACCACUGAAAAAACCACCACAAUCACUUCAAGACUCCAAGGAGGUCUUGCGAGUCUCUCAAAGCAGCUGCCCUGGCUGACUGGCCGAGUCUUCCCAACGACCAGAGGUCGAGAGGGUGGUGAAGUCCCCAGCCUCGAGAUCCGAUGGAGUGACGAUGAUGCCGUUCCUACAAUUCAGGAUAAGGGCGUGAUCGAUGCUUCUUACGCCAGUGCUGCUGAGAGUAUCAUGCCUCCCUCAGCUGUCCCUGCGGAUGUGAUGCCGGUGCCCGCCAUGGUCGACGAGGCUACCUUCAGCUCAGGGGUUCCCAUCUUUGGCGCGUCCGUUUUUCAAUUUUCCGACAAUCAGGGUGUGGGAUUGUUCGUUUCGAUUCACCACAAUGUGGUUGACGCCGCUGGAUUUGCGCAGGUUGUGAAGCUCUGGGUUCAAAACCUCUCGGGAGCUGAGCCGACUGGCGAGAAGCUGGGUCUCGACAGAUUCACCCGUCUCUCUGAAGUCCUUUCUGAGGAUCUGUCUGCUGUUUCGAGUCAGUCGACUCCUGAGAUCUUUGCGGCGCAUCCUGAGCACUCGAGCACUCCUCCCGCGUUCCCGACUGAGUUUUCGCCCGCGACGUCAAAGGUGUUUACGAUUCCUAUUGGUCGGAUCAACGCCAUCAAGGAGCAACUGGAGGGUCUCGUGUCAACUCCUCCGACUACCAACACUAUUGUUUCUGCCCUCGUAUGGUCUGCCAUCACACGCGCGCGGGCUCAGCGAAAGUCGGACCUGCAGGGCGAGUCGAGCCGACUUGCCAUGGCUGUGAAUGGUCGACGACGAUUGGGCGAGGGAUUCUCGACUGCUGAAAAUCCUUAUUUUGGAAACAACAUUCUCUACUCCCUGGCCAAGACAGAAGUUGAGAACCUCAACAUCUCUUCCGAUGCAGACUUUGCCCAGAAGCUGGCCAAGGUCUGCAACGCCAUCGCCGAGUCCCAGUCUCCCACCAAGAUCAACUCACACCACAUCGCCGAGAUCUACACCCUCGCAGAAAAGAUGGACAACUACCAGAUGAUCUUUCCCGGCUGGGACCUGUUCUCCUCUCGUGAUUUUACCCUCACGAGCUGGGCCGACCUCGGCCUGUACGAGCUCGACUUUGGAGCAGGUCUCGAGAAGCCAGAGUUUGUCAGGGCGCCGCACUCCGAGGCUGACGGUGUUGGUCUUGUUAUGCCGAGGAAGAGGUCGGAUGAUGAGGUGCUUGAGGUUAUCGUCAUGUUGAGGAAGGAUGAUAUGGAGGUUUUGGAGAGUAAUGGCAUCUGA